UGAUUCACUAAUAUUUAUAAGGAUAGUUUCCAUUGUAUACAAUGAUGUAGUUUAACGAGAACUUACCUUCUUCACCUUCUUUUAGAACCACAGGUCCCUCUGUCAAUUAUUAGAUGCUAAGAUUGUUAGUUUGCCUUUGGUGCUCCUAUGGGUCAUUUUCCUUUUUUUAGGUCUCUAAUCUAGUGGCUAGUGGGUACAACAAUAUAGAAGUGCAGUUGCCAUGUAUAUUGCAACACUAUGCAGUGGCAAUAAAUGAUUCUUAAUAGAGCACAUGGUACAUAAAAUGCAUUUUUUUUUUGGAAACUUCAUAGAUCAGAUGAUGUAUUGAGUCUUUCACUAUGAAAGAGUGUUCAUUCAAGGCUCUCUGCCCUAAAGUUUUUCCAGAUGUGCUGUGUCCUGCUUGUUCUAAAAGAAUGCAGUUAUAUCGAAUCCAGAUGCAGUCAUGAGAGCACUUGAAUUUUUCAACCAUCUGAAAAACAUUACAAUUGAAUGCAGGCAAAAUAUGGCUACAGAUUUCACUCCUUUGAGUACUGUUUCAUUCGUCAUUUUUGAAUCGGGGGAAAACAUUCAAUAACUAAAGAUUGACGUGCACUAGAAGGAUUAAAUGGACACUGCAUUCUACAUCCCCUUCUUGUUUAGAAUGUCACUACUGGAAAUUAAAACCAACCUUUUCUUCAACGUUUCUCUGGUUUCAGUUAUUGAUAUAUCUAAAUUUUUUGUGGGCGUGCAAAUUGACAGCCUAUAGCCAACAUGGCUCAGACCAGUUUACUGCAAGGAAAACCUUUCUACUGCAGGGAAUGGAUUUUCCAUAAACUUCAGCACUGCCUGCAGGAAAAACUAAACUGCAGCAGUAGCACCACAAACAAACAUUCACUUGUGGCUAAUUCUGGGAGCAAUGGUGGAAGCACAGGAAAAGGCACAGCAUGGGGUUUGUUAUUUGUUGGGGGCCCUGGAAGUGGAAAGACAGCACUUUGUACAGAGCUGCUUUGGCCAAGUUCACCUGCUGGCUUGCAGAGGGGAGUACAUCGUCAUGCUCUAGCAUAUCAUUUUUGCAGAGCGCAGGACUCGGACACAAUGUGCGUUGGAAGCUUUAUUAGAAGUUUGGUUGAUCAGAUCUGUCAAGGUGGACUAAUGCCAGGUUUUGAAGACAAGUUAAAUGACCCUUCUGUUCAGAGCCUGUUGCAGCCAGGAGAAUGUGAACGGAACCCUUCAGAGGCAUUUAAAAGGUGUGUUCUUCUACCUCUUUUGGCCAUAAAAGCCCCUGCCCAGAGUCUUUUCAUGGUUGUUGACUCUGUUGAUGAAGGCUGUAACAUUGUUGAAGGAGAACACAGACCCUCAGGUUUAUCUGGAACAAUAGCAGAUCUUUUAGCAACUCACCAUGAGUUUUUUCCCCCAUGGCUACUACUCAUCUGUUCAGCACGCAAGCAAAGUAGAACAGUGACAAAAAUGUUUACAGGUUUCCGAAAAAUAAGUCUGGAUGAUCUCCGGAAAGCUUACAUAGUAAAAGAUGUUCAACAGUAUAUUCUUCAUCGUUUGGACCAAGAAGAGGCAUUGAGGCAACACCUAACAAAAGAAACUGCGGAAAUGUUAAAUCAACUGCACAUUAAAAGCAGUGGGUGCUUUCUGUACCUGGAGCGUGUUUUAGAUGGAGUUGUAGAAAAUUUCAUCAUGCUACGAGAGAUCCGUGAUAUUCCUGGAACUCUAAAUGGCUUAUACCUCUGGUUGUGUCAAAGACUUUUUGUUAGAAAACAAUUUGCAAAGGUCCAACCAAUUCUUAAUGUUAUUCUGGCUGCUUGUAAGCCAUUAACAACUAUUGAACUCUUUAAUGCAGUUUGGACCAAAAACAUGUCAUUAACCAUGGAAGAUUUUCAGAGGAAACUGGAUGUGCUAUCAAAAGUCUUGGUCGAAGGAUUGGGGAAUACUAAAAUUUUAUUCCAUUAUAGUUUUGCAGAGUGGCUGCUGGAUGUAAAACAUUGCACACAGAAAUAUUUGUGUAAUGCAGCUGAAGGACACCGAAUGCUUGCAAUGAGCUACACAUGUCGGGCUAAGGAGCUUACGCCAAUAGAAGUACAGGAGUUUGCUUUGCAUCUUAUACAUUCAAAUUUACAGUUAACCAAUUCAGAGUUGGCUUUAUGGAUGAUUUUGAAUGGAACAUGUGUGAAAGACUCAUUGUGCACCUUAAUACCAAAGGAACAAGAAGUACUACAGUUGUUGGUAAAAGCAGGAGCCCAUGUUGAUAGUGAGGAUGAUAGAACAUGUUGCAUUGUUCGACAAGCAUUGGAACGAGAAGAUUCUAUUCGUACGUUGCUGGAUAAUGGUGCUUCAGUUAACCAGUGUGAUUCAAAUGGGAGAACUUUGCUGGCCAACACUGCUUAUAGUGGAAAUCUUGAUGUGGUUAACCUUCUUGUUUCAAGAGGAUCUGAUCUUGAAAUAGAAGAUGCCAAUGGACAGACAGCACUUACUUUAGCUGCCCGCCAAGGACAUGUAAAGGUUGUAAAUUGUUUAAUUGGAUGCGGUGCUAAUAUAAAUCAUUGUGAUCAUGAUGGAUGGACUGCACUCAGAUCUGCAGCCUGGGGUGGGCACACUGAAGUAGUGUCUGCACUUCUGUAUGCAGGUGCAAAGGUAGAUUGUGCUGAUGCAGAUAGUAGAACAGCUUUAAGAGCAGCAGCAUGGGGUGGGCAUGAAGAUAUUGUGCUGAAUUUACUGCAGCAUGGAGCAGAGGUUAAUAAAGCUGACAAUGAGGGACGAACUGCUUUAAUUGCUGCAGCAUAUAUGGGACAUAGAGAAAUUGUGGAGCAUCUUUUAGGUCAUGGUGCAGAGAUAAACCAUGAGGAUGUGGAUGGAAGAACUGCUUUAUCAGUUGCUGCUCUUUGUGUACCUGCAAGCAAAGGGCAUGCAUCCGUUGUUAGUCUUUUAAUUGAACAAGGUGCUGAGGUGGAUCAUUGUGAUAAGGAUGGAAUGACUCCACUACUUGUUGCAGCAUAUGAAGGCCAUGUAGAUGUAGUUGACUUACUUCUAGAGGGUGGAGCAGAUGUUGAUCAUACUGAUAAUAAUGGACGUACUCCUCUGCUUGCUGCUGCUUCAAUGGGGCAUGCAGCAGUUGUCAACACACUUCUGUUUUGGGGUGCUGCUGUUGAUAGCAUUGAUAGUGAAGGUAGAACUGUGCUUAGUAUAGCUUCAGCUCAAGGCAAUGUUGAAGUUGUGCGGACACUUUUAGACCGGGGCCUUGAUGAAAAUCAUAGAGAUGAUGCUGGAUGGACACCUCUACAUAUGGCUGCUUUUGAAGGUCAUAGAUUAAUCUGUGAAGCAUUAAUUGAACAAGGGGCUAGAACAAAUGAAAUUGAUAAUGAUGGACGAAUACCUCUGAUUCUGGCUGCACAAGAAGGGCACUAUGAUUGUGUGCAAAUACUUCUAGAAAAUAAAUCUGCAGUGGAUCAAAAAGGCUAUGAUGGCCGAAGUGCCUUGAGAGUUGCAGCACUGGAGGGACACAGAGACAUAGUUGAAUUGCUUCUCAGUAAUGGAGCAGAUCUUAAUGCCAAAGAUGCCGAUGGUCGACCAACACUAUACAUACUGGCCCUCGAAAAUCAGCUCUCGAUGGCUGAGUAUUUUUUAGAAAAUGGAGCAAAUGUAGAAGCUAGCGAUACUGAUGGAAGGACAGCUCUUCAUGUCUCCUGCUGGCAGGGACAUUUAGAAAUGGUGCAGAGUCUAAUAUCCUAUAAGGCUGAUGUCAAUGCCUCAGACAAUGAAAAGAGAUCUUCCUUACAGUCUGCAGCUUGGCAAGGUCAUGUGAAAGUGGUUCAGCUCUUAAUUGAACAUGGAACUUUGGUUGAUAAUACAUGCAACCAGGGUGCUACUGCACUUUGUAUUGCAGCACAGGAAGGUCACACUGAUGUUGUUCAAUUUUUGUUAGAAAAUGGAGCAGACCCUAAUCAUGCAGAUCAGUUUGGACGUACAGCAAUGAGAGUUGCAGCAAAAAAUGGGCACAGUGAAAUAAUUAAACUAUUAGAAAAAUAUGGUGCUUCAAUACCAAGUGGAUGCAACCCAUCACCUGUUCAUACUAUGGAGCAAAAAGUCUUAAAUCCAUCAUCAAAAGUACAGUCGUCAACAAUUAAAUCAAACAGUUCGUCUAGCACAGGAGGUGGUGAUGUGCAUCCUUCUAUGCGAGGUUUGUGUAAUGGGCCCGCUCAUGCCUUUAGCUCUCCAUCAGAGUCUCCAGAUUCUACGGUGGAUCGGCACAAGUCCUCUUUAUCAAAUAAUUCCUUAAAAAGUUCUAAGAAUUCUUCUCUUCGUACAACAUCAUCUACUGCAACUGCUCAAACUGUGCCUAUUGAUAGUUUCCAUUGCCUUUCAUUUACAGAGCAAAUUCAGCAGCAUUCUCUGCCACGCAGUAGAAGUCGACAGUCAAUAGUUUCUCCCUCAUCUACAACACAUUCCUUGGGGCAAAAUUACUCACCAACUAGUGAAUUUGAAUGGAGUCAGGUAAAACCCAGUUUAAAAUCAACCAAAACAAAUAAAAGUGGCAAAGGAGAGUCCUCAAGCAAAUCAAACUCUGUUGCAAAGAAAACAAAACAAAAUUGCAGCUCUCAGCCUAAAGUUUUGGAAUAUGAAAUGACUCAGUUUGACAAGCGAGUGCAUCCUCAAGAUUCCUUACCACUAAAACACAUCCCUGUAGACAGUAAGAUCCAAAUUCCAUCAGUCCAACAAGAAGUUGGUCGCUCUCAACAGCAAUUUCUUAUUCAACAGCAAAAUUUAGAACAAAAGAAAAGAAAUGGCAUUAUGACUAAUCCCAAUUAUCACCUGCAAGGAAAUCAAGUCUUUCUUGGGAGAGUUUCUGUGCCACGUGCAGUACAAAGUCGAGGAUUGCAGGAUGUUUUAGAAGGCUAUCCUUCAAGUGAGACAGAAUUAGGCCUUAAACAAUCACUGAAGCUACAAAUUGAAGGAUCUGAUCCAAGCUUUAAUUAUAAAAAGGAAACACCACUAUAAAUGGUUUCAGAAGCACAAGCGCAGAAUAUGUAUUGCUGAAAGCAAACAUUUGUGAUGAAGAUCUAUUUGCAAUUUAGGUCUUGAAAAAUUACAACUGUGAUGGUAGAAAUUAAAAAUGACUUGAAAAUGUGCCUAGUUUGGCUACUCUUGCUAAGCAUACACGCUUAAACGGAUCUAUAUUUGUAGGAAUAAAUGUCUAUUAAAGGGCAAUAUACACCAGUGUUUAACAUGGAUCUAUUGUAAAAACUCAGUGUUGCCUAUUUAAAAAUGAUCUAUGGGUUUUAUUUGCUUUAAAGUGUGCAGACCAGUGAAAUGUGCAACAAUUUCAUUCUACACUUAAGACAACUACUUUGGUUCUUGAGAAUAUAUUUAAUACGAUACUGUAUAAUAAACAUUAGCAGUUAGAGUAGAGGCUAAUGGCACACCAGGCAUCACCCCAGAGAUAUUUCCACUGGGGAAGAAACACGCCACCUUCCUGGCUGCUCACCAUUGAUUUAAAUAGCAUGUCACCAUGCAUAUAGGCAGAUUUCAGCCCAAGCAUUAAAAAUAGUUUAUUUUGGGACAAAUUUGUCUGUAUAUUUGGUGACAAGCAGUUUGCCAUAAAAAUCAAUAGCAGAAUCAAGGGCAGGCAUUCCUCUACCAGUGUGUCAUAAGCCUGUUUAGAGGGAUGAAAUUCAUAUAGAACUUUUUACCUUUUUUUCAAUCCUCUACUGCUUCCAGGAGACAGAAGUAAGUACUGUGGCACAUGGGGAUUUUUACCACCAGGGUAUUCUGUGUGGGGGGGCAUAAAGCCCCCCAAAUUGCCCGUCAUUGCUACCCAUAGUAUGUUCUUGGCAUACACUGUGAUGACAGGCAGCCUCUGCUCUGAAAUUUUUGUUUCAUCAUUUUUAAGUGGAGGCCUGUUUGCUGUGGACAGGUAUAUAAAAUAUGUUACUGUGUGCCAUAGAUGUAAAGGUAAAUAGAAAACAAUGAUCAGUUAGCACUUUAUAUUAAACAUAUAGAAUGUAUUAAGUUAAAAAAGCAGAACAUGUUCACUACAAGUCCUGUUUAAGCCUCAUGUUAAACCUAGGUGUAUAUUGUCCCUUUAAAGUAAAACUUGUAUAGCAUAGGACAUGCUAAAGCGGUCCAAUAUAUUUUCAUAUGUUGUUUCAGUUCACAAAUCAAUGCCACUCUGUUUUUCGCACAUACCCAACCCUAAUAGUUAAAUUCAAGAAAGAGAAAAGAAGAGAAGCUAUAGGCAAGUUUAGACUUUCAGUACAAACAAAAAGAAGGUCAAUGCAGUAAAUGUGUGCAAAAAACUGUGACUGUACAUUCUGCACAGAGAAAAAAUAUUUAAAAGCCUACAUUGCACCUGCUGCAGUUUGUGUCCUGCAUCAACCCUUUUUCACAAUAUGUUAUAUUCCUAUAGUUAUAGCUUCAAUUUAAAAUGUAUUGUACACAAGAAUGCACUUUGAAACUGCAGGCUUAUGCCCUUUCCCCUUUCCCUGCCCCUAGUAUUCAUGGUGCAAAUCAAAUUGUUCAGAAAUCUAUGUGCCCUGCAGAAACCUGUGUGUUUUUUUUCUUAAUCUAUUAUUACUCAUCCACUUCCACAAUGCAAAAUGUGGAUUGUAUUUGAAAAUCCCAACUGGCUUCAGCCUUUUCUGUCUUCGGUAUUUUCACUUUUUUGUAUUAUAUUAUAUUGUUAAGCCAAACCCCUUUACAUUGCUCAGCGCACAGACAUUGACCCAAACUGGAGUUGAAUGUAUUAAUGCUCAACUUUUCUAGAAGCAUAUUUAUCCAUCACUGAAGAGCUCAGUGUUAUAUAUUUCCGGUGUGGUUACCAGUAAUUAUUUAAUUAGACUUUGUAUCUUGUUAUGUUGUCUUUGUCCUAUUAUGAGAAGAAUAAUUCUGUAGUCUGCCUGUUGUGUCAAACAUUGUACAAACAUGACCUGAAAUGGCUGUGGAUCCUUAAAAUUUGUUGUAGAAAAGUUAAUACCAUGUAUUUAUUUUCCAUGCAAAGCACUAGAAGAAGUCAAUGCAGCCUCUGCUGAGGAAUCUUGUCAUGUUAAAAAGGUGGUGAAUUUCUUGUCCCCGUGGGACAUAUACUUAAAUACAUUACGAAGUUCUUAAAGAGCCUUAAGAAUGCUAACUGCUAGUUAAAUGAUAUGUUACAUAAUAUGAAAGAGAGAGUACGAUUUGUUUAGUCGUACUGUUUAGUGACAGAUCUCUGAUUUAAGUGCUUUCUCCCCCCCCCCCCCUGUUUUUUUUAUAAAUAGUAAAAAUAAUCUCCACAGCUGCCAUUUCUACUGAUAGGUUAUAUCGGGAUAUUUAUUUAUUUUGAUUUUCGUGUAAAAUGCACCUUGUGUUUUGUGGAUGUCCAGUUGCACAAGAGAGAAUUUUUUCAUUCCCAUUUCAUAGCUUUUAAGUACCAAUGUGUGAAUUUUUAUUUCAAAUGCAGAGUGAAAUGGGCAAAUAUUUUUUUAUAACAACAAAUAAGUUGUUUUUCAUUUUUGAAAAGAUACCAGUUCAUAUUAACUGGCCCUUUUGUUUUCUUCUCUCUCCAUUCACAAACCACUACCAUUAUUUUGAGCAACUGCAAUAAUAAAGUUGUUUCAGCAAAACGUGGAUAAAAAACAGUUCUGAAUAUUUCGACCCAAGUGCAUGAUUGCUGGUAAUAGCAUUUGUUCAUUGAUUGUUUGAUAUUGUUCUACUUCAUACAGUGUUCAUCAUUUAUUUGUAAAAUGACAUUUUCUCAAUCACUUACUCUGCUAUGCAAAUGUAUUUUGCUCUGAACAUAACAUCCUCAAUAAUAACUUUUCAUUUGUUUUUUUCUGUUUUUGUUUUUCUUAUUGUAAAUAGCCAAUGUAAAUUGAAUUAAACAUUGUAAAUUUUUUAUUUUAUUCCUUGUAUUAUAUUCAGCACAGGGCUCCUAUGUAUAUUAAAGUGCAUAAUAAAUAUAUUUGCUUUUCAUCA